AUUCAGUUCUCAGCCUCCUACGAUCUGAAAGAUGCAGUGUGUCGCCCUCCUGAUCCUCUCCGCCCUUGCGUUGGGCAGCACGUUGCCCAUCGGCAGUGUCUACGACCACGCCUAUGGGCCCUUCCACAAGACCUGGGCCGCAGACUACGUUAAGGACGCCAUCUACGGACAUGGAUACGGGUAUGGACAUCCUUACUAUGGCAAGCACAUCGCCGGAGUUCACGACAUCGACGACGUGUACAGGGCCGCAGUACACGAAGCUGGUGCAUGGCCUGUGCACGACGUAACUGACGGUUUCGGCGACGACUUCCACAAGAAACUGUACGUAAAAGAGAAGCAAUGGGAAGAGGACAAACACCUAGACGAGCAGCACAGACUGCAGCACAUCCAUUUGAUGCAGGAACAGCACCUCCUCCACGAACUCCAGCACCAGCAACACAUGCAACUCCAGGAACAGAAGGAAGCUCUGGAUCAUCUGCACCACAUCCAGGAACAGGAGGUCCACGAUAUGGUGGAGAAAGUUGACGCGCAACAGUUCGCACAGAAGGUUCAGUUAGACGAGCUUCACGCCAUCGAAGACGCCAAGGUUGACGCUCAUUCCGCAGUCCACCCAGCCUACGUGCACGGUUCCGAGUACCCGUAUUCCGCAUGGCACGCGUACGGACACCCUUACGCCGCAUGGCACUCGUACGCGCACCCUUAUUCUGCUUGGCACGCGUACGGCCACCCCGACGCUCUCAAGCAUGACAUCGCUUACGAACAUCCAGUCGCCGCCUGGCACAAGUACGUAGCUGCCGGACAUCCAGGUGCUUUCUGGCACAAGAGCGCCGUGUACGGACACCCCGCUUUCUGGCACAAGGACAUCGACGCCGCUGCAAGAUGGGGCCCAUACGCUGCCGUUCAUGACGUACACCCAUGGGCUGUUCAUCCGUAUGCCGCGGUGCAUCACGGAAUCCACGAUUUCGCCUACUAGCAUCUAACUUAAUUGUAUCGACUGAUAUUUAGUAAAUGGAGCAACUAUUUUAAAACGUCUUAUGUGUUCGUACCCUAUAACCAUAGUCAAGCGUCUGCUAGCACGUAUAUGGCCAACCUAAUGAGCCUUGCAGGUGUAUGACCAUCCUAAAUUCUACCACAAUUCUAUCGACUGAUAUUUAGUAAAUAGGGCCAAUCAUUCUUGUUUAAACACGUCUUAUAAAAGUCGACACGGGGAACAGGCCAAGUCAUAAUAGUUAUCAGGAAAACAAAAAAUUUAAGUCGUAUACUUUUCAAAUUAUACGCUUUAAAAAAAUUAUUAAAAACAUAAUAUCACAUAUCACAAGCACCAAUGAACCGCCAUUGUUAAAACUUUUCACGGUAACAAAGUUACCUACGAGGAAUGUAAAACUAGACAGAUGGCUAAAUAAACCGGAC